AUGUCCUCGAACAAUCCAUUGCCAUUAGGAGACUUUUCAAAGAUCUCAGCACUUCCAGGUGUGAGUCCAAUUCCUCAACAGCAAGGUCAGGAAUCAUUUUGGUCAUCCAAUCCAAUCUCGUCAUACUUAAUUACCGCCUACAACAAUGUCCAAGCUCAUAGAAAAUCCCUAUCAUUGGUUAAUCCAGGUACUAUGGAGAACUUGAACAAGGAAGUGUCACGUGACGUGUUUUUGACGCAGUACUUCUUUACUGGUCUAAGAGCUGAUUUGAACAAGGCAUUCUCUUUGAAUCCUGCUUUCCAGACUUCUCACACUUUCUCAAUGGGGUCUGAGAACCUUCCAAGUUAUGCUUUCUCUGCACUUUUUGCUAAUGAUGACCUUUUCAUGCAGGCUAACGUUGACAACGACUUAUCGCUAUCUGGUAGAUUGCAUUACGGUUGGGACAAAAACAACGUGUCGAAGGUAACUUUGCAAGUUUCGCAGGGUCAACCUACGAUGUGCCAGUUGGAGCAGGACUUCCAAGGCUCCGAUUUCUCAUUAAACUUUAAGUCCUUAAACCCAUCAUUCGGUGCUAACGGCGCUUUUGCAGGUGUUGCCGUCGGUUCCAUUUUGCAAAGUAUCACACCACAAUUAGCAGUUGGUCUUGAAGCUGUGUACUCCAGAGGUCAGGCGUCAAUGCCUGCUGACGCCGCUGUCUCAUACGCGGCCCGUUAUGUCUCUUCUAAACAGGAUUGGAUCUUUUCUGGACAGUUGCAAGCUAAUGGUGCAUUGACUGCUUCUUUCUGGCGUAAGGUUGCUUCAAAUGUUGAAGCCGGUCUUGAGUCCACUUUACAGGCUUCCAUGAACCCUAUCAUGGACCCUGUCAUCGGGCAACCAAUUGGUAUCCAGCCUACCAUCGAAGGUGUUACCACCAUUGGUGCAAAGUACGAGUAUAGACAAUCUGUAUUCCGUGGUUCUAUCAACUCCAACGGUAAGGUCGGAUGUUUCUUGGAACGCAAGAUUAUACCAACAUUAUCCGUUUUGUUCUGUAGUGAGAUCGACCAUUUCAAGAACGAAUCCAAACUUGGUUGUGGUUUGCAAUUUGAGACAGCCGGUAGUGAGGAACUUUUGAUGAUGCAACAAGGUUUAGAUGCUAAUGGUAACCCAUUGCAAGGACCUCCUGCUUGA